AGUUUCACCAUUAAAUCAGAGUAUAGUCUAGCAAACACCUCCCUCCGCUUUUCGGAUGGGGCGGACAGAGUUUCAGUCGGGACAACUCUCAACUUUUCUGAAACACAAAACACAAAUUGUCCGACGUCCAGCCAUGCAGGGACUGUAACGCAUUUCGGAUUGCGGUUUGGUUUUUUUUUGCGCUCCUGUGUCAUGGCUCCGUUUGGAAAGAACUUCCUGAAAGCUCGACUGAAAAACAGGACCAAAGAUGCUGAGACCAUACCAGGAAAAGAGAUUCAGGUUACUGUCUGCAACGAGGAGAAGGUUGUCUGCGGAGUAACGAAGCACACAACAUGUGUAGAUAUGAUUCAGGCUUUAUUGGAGGAUCACAAGUCAAUCCCAGAGAGCAAGCGGCUCCUGCACGGAGAACCCAAAGACUUCUGUCUGGUCGAGCGGUGGAAGGGUUUUGAAAGAGCUUUGCCUCCUCUCACCAGAAUUUUGAGGCUCUGGUACGCUUGGGGUGACCAGAGACCCUUCAUCCAGUUCAUUCUAGUGAAAACCAGUGAUUUUGUGCCUCAGCCUGCUAAGAAGGGUGGAAAGUCCAAGGGCACCAAGCCAAAGCGAUGGGAACACGGUCGCAAUCAGUAUCCCCAGUCUCUGCCAGUGGAGAGGCAAAAGCGCAUGGUGAAGAAAGCUUUCCGAAAGCUGGAGAAAAUUCACAAGGAGAGCAAGUGCUCCCCUGGCACUGAGGAGAUCGAUCGGAUGGUGCAGAUGAUUCUGAAUCAGGACCACACAAUCCGGGAACAGAUUCAGCGAAUGAGGGAGCUGGAUUUGGAAAUCGAGCAGUUUGAGGUGCAAAUGCAGAGAGAAGCAGAGUCUGAGAGUUUACUGGCUCAGGCCUGUGGACUGAGUUUGGAUGUGGACAAUGCGGAGCAGCUGCAGGAGUACCUGUACACCAGCGAUGGAGUUGAACAGCUGGAGCUGCAGGUUCAGAGGCACCAUGAGCUCAUCCUCCAGCUAUCUCAGGAUAUUGAUACUGAGCUGAGGAGGGCCAACUUCCCACUGAGCCAAGAGGACAGUGAACAGGAAGGAGCUGUGGCUGCUUCCUGGAUCCCCUCCGAGACAGAUGAGUUGUUCUACACUGCGGAACUCGAGAGGAUGCAGACUGAACUGCAACACAGCCUUAUCACCGGUGUGUCCCUUCACAACCAAGCUGCAGAAAUAGACAAGCAGCUGAAGUACUAUGACGCUACCUUGGUCUCCAAGGACCAAGAAUGCUGGCAGCUGGCUGCUCAUCUUAGUUCACUGCAAAUCGGGGACGGCACAGAGGAGAAGUCCAGUCCUGUCCCUCUACAAAGUGAGACUCAGUGCAGCGUCUCACAGACAGUGAAACUCAAACACAGCCUGUCCCCUCUAGACAUUACAGACACAGACUCAGACACUGGGAUUAGCUCCACACACAGUCAGGAUUCGCUGUCACCCUGUCUCGACUUCCCUCCCCCACUGGACACAGACGUUUGAACAGCCCAGUUGAUCCUGCAAUUUAAUGUCCUGUAGGCACUAGUCCCAGUUUGUGCCUUGCCAAUCAUGUAUUAUCAUUAUAUUUGAGUCCCAGAGCUAAACAUUAGUUUUUCUGAAAGAUAAAUCCCAGAUUAACAAAAAAGGUCAUUUAAAGGUAACUUUUGAAGUCAUUUCCAAAAUGUUUUCAAAAACAAAAGAUGGUAGCCGGAAGUAAAAUACCUACUUCCUCGAUUUGUAAGAUGUGAACCAAAAUUAAUUUAAUGCCAGGUGUAUUUAUUUUUUCAUUCAUCAUGUGUUUCUUGUUAAGUAUAUUUUUCUUGUGUCAUAAAAAAAAGGAGCAAGGAGAUACAUCGCUUCCUGCUAAAAUGUUAUUGCUUUUUUAUUAGGAAAUAGAAUUGCAACUUGCGAAACAGGUUUAAAAUCAUUAUUGCGCAGUUAACAAGAUGUUUUUUAUCUAGAUGAAAAGAGCGAAAAGAAGAUGGUCAUUUAUCAGAAAUACAAAUGUUCAAGAUUAAAAUGUAAUAACACAUGUGAGGCACAAACUGGAGCUACUGUAUAUAUGCGCCACCUACAGUCCAACCAGUCCGUUCUUAUUCCCAGGGCAUCGAAUACCGCCAUUUUGUCACGCCCCUUGGUGUCUGAUACCUUCGUACAAGGUGCCCUUUAGCGUCGUUUCUCAACAUUGAGGGUAGUCCAGUAAACUUCUGUAGAACUCCCACAACGUCUGAAAUAGACACCAUGAUACUGAUAGUUAGGUGGCAAAAAGUGGACCUUGCUGCAGGAGACCACUGUUUGCUUCCUGUUUCCAACCGUGAGUUUCAUGUUUCCAUCACCACGUGUUGGGACAGUGUUUUUAAAACCUGGUGUUUACUGUUGCCAUGACAAUGACGGUGGCCCAACUUUAAGGAUGUAACUUUAACCCACACCAUAUUUCAAGUGAUCAUGUUAAUCCAAACCAUGAUCUUUCCUUAAACCUAACCAGACCUUAACCACAGCGUUGUCACACCGCUUUAUUUUUUCCACAGUGAUUUGUAACGGUUGGCGCAGGCACGAAAGAUACACAAUCUGCCGUGAUGCUACACAUUGACAAAUGAAGCUAAAGAGCAUCCAGUGUGUUAAAAAGUGACACCAAAGGGUCCUGACCAAGCAUGUCGGUAUGUCACGAGUUGGGAUGAGAACGUGUUGGUCCAUCACUGUUCAUGGCGGCUGGGUUUUCCCUCUUAAGUGUAAAUUUAAGCCACCAAUAAAGAAGCAAAGACUACUUCCUGAGCACAAACAAAGGUGUACCUUAGUAACUUAAAAAAAGCGCUUUUUGGUUGAUUUCUGUCACAUGCCCAUUAUUUUAGAUAAUGGUGAAUGUAUGCUUCUUGCUGUUUUUAAAGUUUCUCAAGCUAUUUAUGAAGCUGCACUUAUUUGUACACACUUAAGUCAAUUAACAAUGUUUUAUAUUAAAACAAACAGCUAACUGUUUUGGAUGUAGAAUUUAAGAUUUGUUAAAAAAAAGUUCUCUCAACUAUACUGUAAAUAUGCUUCUGCAACUACUGUAAAUGACUUUUCCAAUGAUACAUGUACAAUUUGAUGAAAAACAAUUGAGAGAAAAACUUAUUUAUUUAUCAUGUAAUUAUAAUUUACAGAUCAGAUUUUUUUUUAUUAUAACAAUUUCCCCUCUGAGGCAAUAAACAUAUGCCACAUACUGUAUGUAAUCAAACACAUCACAUUCAGGAUGAAGAGAGCACAAGUAUUUGGACUAUAUGUGAGGUCACCAUGCUUAAAAACACAAGUUAUAAUAAAGGUCAAUGUACAUUUUAACUUUCAUAAUAAACACUAAUACUGAA